GAGACCGCGGUCAUGUGGUUCCGGCCACCCUACCCUCUGUCACAGUGCGGAUGAGAGCUUUCUGCUCUUAUCCAAUCAUGCCUGGAAUGCCGCUUGCCACUUGGGUUAUUUCUGCUAUCUGCCGCCCUUGGUGCCGCAGUGCUCACGCUUUGGCAGAUGGAACGCUUUUCCUUGGAGUUCGUGUCUUUGGGGUUUGACUGCUGGCGGCGCUGGGCCUGCUGUUGCCGCUCGCCCUGUCCCUUCCUGGCCCUCUGGGCACCAUGGCCCAUCGGCUUCGGUUUCAUUUUGGCUCCUGCCGCAGCAACACAGCCCCCGAGUCGGAGAUCCUAGACCAGGAGGGAGAAGACGACUUUUUCAUGGCAUUCCACACGCUCCCGCGGCGGGGCGGCGCGGUCGCGCUGGCCCCGAGCGGAGCGCAGGACGCGGGCCUGCGGGGAGGCGUGGGCGCGCUCAAGCGCAGCACAUCCAUGUUCAUCCCGCAGCUGCUGGGCCCCGUGGACUCGCGGCCCACGCGGAGCUCGUCCGUGCAGAUCUCGCUGCAGCGCAAGGCGGCUGACGGCACCCCUGACGACGGCGACGCGGGCACAGAGCCGCCGGGGGAGCCCCUGGAGGCCAAGAGCCUCGACGACGGCGGCGGCGGCGGCGAUGGCUCCCCUACCGGGGAGCCCGGGGCUCCAGGCCCGCAGCUCAACGGCACGUGUGGCCGCCGCCGAGCGCCGGGCCCCGACGGCCGCGAGGAGGCCGAGCUGCCGGCCGUGCGUGUCCAACACCGCGCGUCUAGCGCCGAUGUGCGCCCGGUGAAGUUGAUGCCCUCGGGAGCCGAGGGCCAGGCUGGGCCCGCAGCGGCGGCGCCCGAGCCCAGGCGCUGGUCCCUGCAGCAUGUUCCAGAUGCUUCUGGAAGCUCCGGGAAGCGCUGCUUUGUCUUCCAGCUGCAGCAGCCGCCAGCCAGUGGUGGCGGGCCUGCGCCGAGCGGCGACUUCAACUUCGGCUUCACCGGCACCAAGGGGGACAGGUUGGUGAGGUAUCCCCGAAUCCGGCUGGAGAGGAGCAGCUCGUACCCCACGCAGCCCAGGGCUGAGCGCGGGAGUCCCCCGGAGGAGCGCGGCCACCCAGACCCGGAGGCGCCCCUGCGGGGCCGCAGGGUGGCUCCCGAUGCCCACAGGACCGAGGCGGUGGCCGAGAGGUCACCACAGGGCCAGGGCUGCACGUUUAAGAUCAGGCAGGAUCAAAACGCGGGGCAGCAGCACUUCAGAAUCCUCGUGACUCGGGGGCCCGAGGAAGCCCCCCAGAGUCCCGAGGAGGACGCCGCAGCGGCCGGCCCGGCUUCCACGGGAGCCGGCGCCCCGACACGGGACGACUUCCUGGGACAGGUGGACAUACCCCUUAGUCAUCUCCCGACAGAAGACCCAACCAUGGAGCGACCCUACACAUUUAAGGACUUUCUCCUCCGGCCAAGAAGUCAUAAAUCUCGGGUUAAGGGAUUUUUGCGAUUGAAAAUGGCCUACAUGCCCAAAAACGGGGGCCAAGAUGAAGAGAACAGUGAGCAGCGGGAUGAGAUGGAGCCCGGGUGGGAAGUCGUUGACUCCAAUGACUCGGCUUCUCAGCACCAGGAGGAGCUGCCCCCGCCUCCGCUGCCCCCCGGGUGGGAAGAAAAGGUGGACAACCUGGGCCGCACGUACUACGUGAACCACAACAACCGGACCACCCAGUGGCACCGGCCCAGCCUCAUGGACGUGUCGUCCGAGUCCGACAGCAACAUCCGGCAGAUCAACCAGGAGGCCGCGCAUCGCCGCUUCCGCUCGCGCAGACAUAUCAGCGAGGACCUGGAGCCGGAGCCCAGCGAGGGAGGGGAGGGCCCCGAGCCUUGGGAGACCAUUUCAGAGGAAGUGAACAUGAGCGGAGACUCGCUCAGCCUGGCGCUGCCCCCGCCACCAGCCUCGCCCGUGUCCCGGACGAGCCCCCAGGAGCUGUCCGAGGAGCUGAGCAGAAGGCUGCAGGUCACUCCCGACUCCAACGGCGAGCAGUUUGGGUCUUUGAUUCAGCGAGAGCCGUCCUCCCGGCUGAGGUCCUGCAGUGUCACUGAUGCAGUUGCGGAGCAGGCUCAUCUCCCGCCGCCCAGUGCCCCAGCUGGGAGAGCACGUUCAUCAACUGUCACCGGUGGUGAGGCGCCAACGCCAUCAGUGGCCUAUGUACACACCACGCCGGGCCUGCCCUCGGGCUGGGAAGAGAGGAAAGAUGCUAAGGGACGCACAUACUAUGUCAAUCAUAACAAUCGAACCACAACUUGGACUCGGCCUAUCGUGCAGCUCGCAGAAGACGGCGCGUCCGGAUCCGCCACAAACAGUAACAACCACCUAAUCGAGCCUCAGAUCCGCCGGCCUCGUAGCCUCAGCUCGCCAACAGUAACUUUAUCCGCCCCGCUGGAGGGCGCCAAGGACUCACCCGUACGUCGGGCUGUGAAAGAUACCCUUUCCAAUCCACAGUCCCCACAGCCAUCACCUUACAACUCCCCCAAACCACAACACAAAGUCACACAGAGCUUCCUGCCGCCCGGCUGGGAGAUGAGGAUAGCGCCCAACGGCCGGCCCUUCUUCAUUGACCACAACACAAAGACCACGACGUGGGAAGAUCCACGCCUGAAGUUUCCAGUACACAUGCGGUCAAAGGCAUCCUUAAACCCCAAUGACCUUGGCCCUCUUCCUCCUGGCUGGGAAGAAAGGAUCCACUUGGAUGGCCGGACGUUUUACAUUGACCACAGCAGCCAGGUGUUAUGUGGCGAGGACGAUGCCAGAGACUCAGUGCCCUCGUACGAUAGCAAAAUUACUCAGUGGGAAGACCCAAGACUGCAGAACCCAGCUAUUACUGGUCCGGCUGUUCCUUACUCCAGAGAAUUUAAGCAGAAAUAUGACUACUUUAGAAAGAAAUUAAAGAAACCUGCGGAUAUUCCAAAUAGGUUUGAAAUGAAACUUCACAGAAAUAACAUAUUUGAAGAAUCCUAUCGGAGAAUCAUGUCUGUGAAAAGACCAGAUGUCCUGAAAGCUAGGCUGUGGAUUGAGUUUGAAUCGGAGAAAGGUCUGGACUACGGGGGCGUGGCCAGAGAGUGGUUCUUCCUACUGUCCAAGGAGAUGUUCAACCCUUACUACGGCCUCUUCGAGUACUCGGCAACGGACAACUACACACUUCAGAUCAACCCCAAUUCAGGCCUCUGUAAUGAGGACCAUCUGUCCUAUUUCACCUUCAUUGGAAGAGUUGCCGGGCUGGCAGUAUUUCAUGGGAAACUUCUAGAUGGUUUCUUCAUUCGACCGUUUUAUAAAAUGAUGCUGGGAAAGCAGAUAACUCUGAAUGACAUGGAAUCUGUGGAUAGCGAAUAUUACAACUCUUUGAAAUGGAUCUUAGAAAAUGACCCAACUGAACUGGACCUUAUGUUCUGCAUUGAUGAAGAGAACUUUGGGCAGACCUAUCAAGUGGAUCUGAAGCCCAACGGGUCAGAAAUAAUGGUAACAAAUGAAAACAAGAGAGAGUACAUCGACCUCGUUAUCCAGUGGAGGUUCGUGAACAGAGUCCAGAAGCAGAUGAAUGCCUUCCUGGAGGGAUUCACGGAACUGCUCCCUAUUGAUUUGAUUAAAAUCUUUGAUGAAAAUGAACUGGAGUUGCUGAUGUGCGGCCUUGGCGAUGUGGAUGUGAACGACUGGCGACAACAUUCUAUUUACAAGAAUGGCUACUGCCCGAACCACCCCGUGAUCCAGUGGUUCUGGAAGGCUGUGCUGCUGAUGGACGCCGAGAGGCGCAUCCGGUUACUGCAGUUUGUCACAGGGACGUCCCGAGUACCUAUGAAUGGAUUUGCCGAGCUUUAUGGUUCCAAUGGUCCUCAGCUGUUUACAAUAGAGCAAUGGGGAAGUCCUGAAAAACUGCCCAGAGCUCACACGUGCUUUAAUCGCCUUGACUUACCUCCGUAUGAAACCUUCGAAGAUUUACGAGAGAAGCUCCUCAUGGCUGUGGAAAACGCCCAAGGCUUCGAGGGGGUGGAUUAGGCACACCUGCCUCGCGGCGGCUGUUCUUCAAGCAAGUCCUGCUCGCGCUUUUCCAUUUGCCUGACAGACUCUGCAGAGACGCUGGCAGAGCAGCGCGGCGAGGGGUCCCGGAGCGGAGCCCCUGCCCCCGCCUUGCCCACGGCCGACAGGGAGGCCCCGUCCCGGGUCGCGUUCCUGCAUUUCCCACCACCAAUUUCCAACUGGUUGAUGUGUAUACUGAUUACAUUUCAGGAGGACUUAUUCUAUUUAUGUUGUGCCUCUGUAGGCCAAGCCCUUAAUAAAUAUUUUCCAUACUUUAUAAUGACAGCGAAUGGAAUUAAUCACUCUACAGGUAUAGUAUUACAACUCAUGUUUACUUUUUAAAAUGAUUUAAACCGAUUUGCAGAUCUUAUUUCACUACAAUUAAAGAUGUCUCAUGUACUUGGAAAA